AUUACUCGACGGUGCCCGGUGUUUGCCGAGGAUCCCCAACGUGGGGGGGGGGGGGGGGGGAGAGAACUGUUAGUAAACAAAACAGUUCUCCUCCCUGUCAGCUUAGGCACACUGCACAGCACAGCCAUGCAAAGCAGUGUGCUUACAAUGAAGCACACACACAGAACACAGUACACAGUUAACCCUUUGCUCACCCCAGAUGUUAACCCCUUCCUACCCAGUGCCAUUAGUACAGUGUCAGUGCUUUUUAUUAGCACUGAUCACUGUAUUGGUGUCACUGGAGAUAUCAGUGACACCAAGUCAGUUCCCCCCAGUGUCAGAAUGCCCUCCGCAGUCCCGCUAUAAGUCGCUGA